AUGGAAUGGUGCCAACCGGCCGGGCUCAGCAUGGUGCUGGGCGCUGUUCUGGCUAGAGGACGGGCAGUGUGUAGACACAAUGGACUCCUCAUCCUGUCGGUGCUGUCUGUCAUCGUGGGCUGCCUCCUUGGCUUCUUCCUCAGGACCCAGCGCCUCUCACCACAGGAGAUUAGUUACUUCCAGUUCCCUGGUGAACUCUUGAUGAGGAUGCUGAAGAUGCUGAUCCUACCACUGGUGGUCUCCAGCUUGAUGUCCGGCCUUGCCUCCCUGGAUGCCAAGACCUCCAGCCGCUUGGGCAUCCUCACUGUGGCAUACUACCUGUGGACUACCUUUCUGGCUGUCGUUGUGGGCAUCAUCAUGGUUUCCAUCAUCCACCCUGGUGGCGCAGCACAGAAGGAGACAACGGAACAGAGUGGGAAGCCAGUCAUGAGCUCAGCUGAUGCCCUGCUGGACCUUGUCCGGAACAUGUUCCCGGCCAACCUGGUAGAGGCCACAUUCAAACAGUACCGCACCAAGACCACUCCAGUUAUCAAGUCUCCCAAGGGGGCUUCAGAGGAGGCCCCUCCUCAGCGGAUCCUCAUCUAUGGGGUCCAGGAAGAUAACGGCUCACGUGUGCAGAACUUUGCCCUGGACCUGACCCCCCCACCUGAGAUUGUCUACAAGUCCGAGCCUGGCACCAGCGAUGGCAUGAACGUGCUAGGCAUUGUCAUCUUCUCGGCCACCAUGGGCAUCAUGCUAGGCCGCAUGGGUGACAGCGGGACUCCCCUGGUCAGCUUCUGCCAAUGCCUUAAUGAGUCCGUCAUGAAGAUCGUGGCCGUGGCAGGGUGGUAUUUCCCCUUUGGCAUUGUCUUCCUGAUCGCCGGGAAGAUCCUGGAGAUGGAUGACCCCAAGGCAGUGGGGAAAAAGCUGGGCUUCUAUGCUGUGACCGUGGUGUGCGGGUUGGUGGUCCACGGCCUCCUCAUCCUGCCCCUGCUCUACUUCCUCAUCACCAGGAAGAACCCCAUUGUCUUCAUCCGUGGAGUCCUCCAAGCUCUGCUCAUCGCGUUGGCCACCUCCUCCAGCUCAGCCACACUGCCCAUCACCUUCAAGUGCCUCCUGGAGAAUAACCACAUUGACCGGCGCAUCGCUCGCUUUGUGCUGCCUGUGGGCGCCACCAUCAAUAUGGAUGGCACCGCACUCUAUGAGGCCGUGGCUGCCAUCUUUAUCGCCCAGGUCAACAACUACGAGCUGGACUUUGGCCAGAUCAUCACUAUCAGCAUCACAGCCACUGCAGCCAGCAUUGGGGCGGCUGGCAUCCCACAGGCGGGACUCGUCACCAUGGUCAUUGUGCUCACCUCUGUGGGACUGCCCACCGACGACAUCAACCUCAUCAUUGCUGUAGACUGGGCUCUGGACCGCUUCCGUACCAUGAUUAAUGUGCUGGGUGACGCACUGGCAGCGGGGAUCAUGGCCCACAUCUGCCGGAAGGAUUUUGCUCAGGACAUGGGCACUGAGAAACUGCUACCCUGUGAGGCCAAGCCAGUGACUCUGCAGGAGAUCGUGGCCGCCCAACAGAAUGGCUGUGUGAAGAGUGUGGCUGAGGCCUCAGAACUAACCCUUGGCCCCACGUGUCCCCACCACAUCCCAGUCCAGGUAGAGCAGGAUGAGGAGCCGGCCACCGCCAGCCUAGACCACUGCACCAUCGAGAUUAGUGAGCUGGAAACCAAUGUGUGAGCCCGCAGGGCUGCAGAGCCAGACCAGACCCUGGGGUUUGGGGGCUAAGGGCAGGAGCCGAACUCAGAAUACACCUGAGGAGCUGGCAAAGCCCAGGUCAAGUUCCACCCUGACAGGCUAGUCAGCCAUUGAUGAGAAAUAGUGUCUCAGCAAAGAGGCAACAGUGUGCAGGAGCCCCAGCCAGCAACUAUGGGCUCGUGUGGCCCAAGACCUAGCUGUGACAGUGCAUACCACAUGAGCCCACAGAAGCACCUGGCAGGGAGGGGUCUUUGCCUCUAUAGGGGAACAGUUUUGGGGCCUGAGAGAGAAAACCGCUCAUUGGAAACAACACCAGGGCCAGCAUGUUAUUUAUGUCUUUGGAGCCUUGGCCACUCCUUUCUGGCGGACAAGGCGGCCUGCGAGGACCAGCCAAAGAGGCUCUGCCCUCUCCAGGGUCCCCACAGCCACCGCUGCUUCCAACUCAUGGAGAUAUAACAACCGCGUCCCUGUUUCUGCCCCAGCUGUGUCCAGGUCAGGUCAACCCCUGUUCCAUUCCACUGUGGGUUUAGCACAACAGUCCCAGUAAGGGCUGGCCCAUCCCCGGACCAAGACCUGAGGCCUUCCAUGUACCACAGCCUGGUCCAUUUCUGUCCUCCAGAUCUCUCAUCUAAUAUGGAGACUCAUGUCCACUAAGGCUGGAAGGCCCUGUGGGUACAGCCCUGCCAGCCUCCUAUAGAACAGGUGGGCAAGAUGGGCCACAAGGAGGGAGGCCUAGCCUGAGAGUCUCUGGCCAUGUGACUAGCAGUACCUUGGGGUCCAAACUCCACAAAGGCUUGUGUGGUAAAGUGGAAUAAGAGUUUCUAAUCCUUUCUGUGUU